AUGAAAUUGAAAUUCCAGCCAGGCACUUUUGCCAAAAACCACCGUUUGUUCAAGGCGGGGAGGCGGAGUUUGGCAAACCUGCGGAAGUCGGCUUGUGCCCAAAAUCCCCGCGUCCCUCCUUCCUUCUUUCCCCGCGCGCAGCGGGAUCCCAGCCGCGGCAGCACCUCGGGGACCAAAGCCGCCUGCCCCGGGCUGCCUCCUCCUCCUCCUCCUCCGGCCGGGCUGAGAUCCGAGGACGGGCGCAGCGCUGCUCGGUUCCGCUUCCCAGCCCCGAAGAUGGCGCGGCCGUCCGGCUGGUUGCUGCUGGACCUGGCGCUCAACGCCGCCGCCCUGCUCGCCGCCCUCGGUUGCGCUGCUGCGCUCGGCCUCGCCCAGGGGGGCUUUGGCCAAUGCAUCCUGUACGGGUCAGUGGGCUACAACGGGACGCUGAACCUCCUGAGUUCCAGCCCUCCCUCGCUCUGCUACUUCAUUUCUGCCAUCUCUGGGCUGACGGCCAUCUUCACCCUGGUCUCUCUGCUCCGCGGCCUCUACAGCUUGUGCUACGGCGAUGGACACUUGGUCCACUCCUGGAUCAGGACCUCCUUGGUGGUCUCAGCCACCGUCCUCUUCUUCCUUCUCGUCUCCGCCUGCGUGCUGCGCGUCGGCAUGGAUGUCUUCUGCGGCUCCAUUCGGAAAUCCAAAGCGGCCGCAAGCUGCCAAGAGGCUCAGCAGCGUCCCUGGGUCCAGCCUUAUCAUCCUGGGAAGUUCUACAACAACCUUUACGCUGCCCAGGCCACCGCUUGGGUGAACUUCCUCUUCUGGUUCUUGAAGUCCUUCCUGCUCUUCGUGGAAUGCAUCCGCAAAGCCCCCUACCAGUCCCUCGAGGAGGAAAACCCCCGGACUGACAAGACAGUGCCCGCCUUUGGCGACCAGUCUGAGUGAGGACAAGGUGAAGGAGGCACCACGAUGGCUCCCUCUGUUUGGACAGUCUGCCGCCUUCUACCCAGGUAGCAGAGGGCACCAUCUAACUUGCUUUGGCAAGAGACUGGAUUGUUUGAAGGUCUCCUCUCUCUUGGGUUACCCAGAAUGAUGUCCGGAAAGGUCACAACUGGAGGACUUCUGGAAUUCCCUGUCCUGUAGUUUUGCCCAUUCCCAUUCCCAACCCAGUUAAGUUCUCGUGAAGGUCACUACAGAAUAGAGCAAGGGUCUCCAACCGUGGCAACUUUAAAACUUGUGGACUUCAACUCUGGGAGUUGAAGUCCACAAGUCUUAAAGUUGCCAAGGUUGG